AUGAAAAUAGCUCAAAACAUAAAUCACAGCCCUAAUAAACUUCAAUAGAAUUUCUAUUUCAAAAAGAGCAUUUUAUCAAUCUUACUCUUCGCUCUAAUUUUAAAACAAGUUAUUGGGAAUACAAACAGUUGCUUAAAAAACGCAUUUCCGAUGUUUCUCGGAGGAUUAAAUGGUGUGACUUAAAUUCACUCAAUGGAUAUCUAUCAAGAAAAUAUUGUAAUUUCAGGUUUUAGCAAUAGUUCUGAUAUCCUUAAUUAAGCACCUAGAUACGGUGCUCCUUUCAUAGCUUUAAUUGAGGAAGGAAAUAUAUACAGAUGGGCAAAAACUUUUUGGCUUGAAGAUCAGAAGCCAUUUAUUAAAGUUAGUUAUAGCUUGAAUAAUACAAAAGUAAUCGCAAUUAGAGAUGGUUUGUUGUAUUUAAACAUUUAAACUAACUAUCAAUAAAACUUUGUAUCUAAAGGACAAGGGUAAGCUGUAAUUAUUUCUUAAUCUUCUAAUCAAGAUUACUUCUAUAUUGGAGGAACACUAUUAUAUGAUGAAGUAACUAAUGUUCAAAUUUCUACCUUUUCAAUACUUUCAUUGAAUAAUUAGACCUUCACAAUUAAAGAAAACUAUCUAAUUAAAAAUUAAUCAAUGGCUAAUAAAGAAACAAGGGUAACAUAAAUGUGUGUUUAUAAAUCAGAUACUAAUACUUCCUCAACUGAUAUCAUUAUUGGUACUAUUGAAAUUGAUUGGAACGGUAUUGAUCCUUCAAUUUUUUUAUUUCAGGUCGAAGUUGACUUAAGUAUAUUAGAUGUAAAAAACUGGGCUAUUUACAAACUAAAUUUACCAUAACUUAAAAAUGUUCUCCUAAUAUGA